AUGUAUCCCCACGUCGCCACUACCUCUUCUGGAAAUCCUCGACCAAGGGCAGAGGAUAUAGGGUCUGCAAACGUUAUUCACCUCGGGAUCCAUCACUCGGAACCACGAUUAACACCGUGGUGGCGACGAAUCCACGGAGUUUCACCUGGUAGAAUCACCUUAGUCCUGCCCAUUACCGCCGCCACCGCGUUGCAGAUUUGUACAGCCUCUCCUUUCUCGGAUUCUUCGACUGGCUGCCCAGGCAGUGCAUGA